GUGCUGCAGACCUGCUAUGCAGGGGGUUUUCCACUGGCUUACUUAGGGUUUUGUGCCUUAAGUUUUUAGGUACAUAAGUUACGUGCAUAGAUACUUACCUAAUGUAUGUAGGUAUCCCAUCAGGGAACUCAUCCCUACAAUAUGCAUUAACCUUGAGCUAAAACAUCACCACCACCAACAAAUCACCGUUGCAGUAGAAAUUCAUAUUACGAGUUACCAUGAACAACUUCGGCGUAAUAGAGAUCGCCACCACAAGAACAACCAGCGCACCAGGCUGGGCCUACGUGCCAGACCGACAACAACUACAGCUCCCUAGCGCCGCCGCACCAUCGAACCGCAAGCGGUCCCGCGCAGCAGCCAGCGGCGCCGCCAACCUCAGUCUUGCCGAUGCCAACGUGCGGCAGGAGACGAAAGCGCGCAGGGAGAUCGAGAUCCUCGACCGCGACAACGCGCGCGACGUGCACAUCGCGAUCCCCGUAAAGAAUGGGAUCGCGCGGACAGGUGGGAAGAAGUACACGCCGAACGUGCGGCGGAUAUUACAAUCGCAAAAGACCUUCGCGAACCACCUCGACGACUACAUAGCGCUGCAGGUGCAGCAGGCUGAGACGAAUCCAACCGGCAAUGCAAAAGCCAACGAUACGGCCGGUGCCCGCACAGGGCAGAGACAAGCUUCCGCUUCCGUGGGACCGUCAUCGUCCAAGAAGUCCGGCGCGAAACAGUCACAGUCACAGCAACAGCAAAAGCAAAACAAAGAUUCCGAAGACGUAGAAAUGAUCGACCCGUCUGAUCCCCAAUCCGGAGUGCAGAAAAGCGCGAUCUUGGCGUCAUAUCCGCCACACCCUUCGCACCCCGAAGACGCCAAUCCACUCCUCGCCUCGCGUCUCCCACCCCUCCCAAGCGACGACGAGCUGCGCGCCCUCCUGGCCGCGCCACCGCUGAGCUACCUCGAGGCGCGAGGGUCCUGGCCGUCCGGGGACGGCGAAGGCGGGCAGCAGCAGCGGUACCCGACGCGCGUGUUCUGCGCUGUGUGCGGGUACUGGGGCCGUGUGCGGUGCAUGAAGUGCGGGACGCGGGUGUGCGCGCUCGAGUGUCUGGAGACGCACCGCGAGGAAUGCAUUACUCGAUAUGGGCUGUAGGGCAGUAAAUCGGUAAGAUUCGCGGAAGGAAGUUAACAUAGCGGUAGACUGUGAGGUAGAGGAGCUUCUUGCUAGGGCACUGCAAGGCGGGC